AUGUCUGAAUCUAAAUCAUUAGGACCCCCCGAGGAUUCAGAGGAGUUGAGGUCAUUGGCCUUAACUCCAACAUGGUCUGUUGCUUCUGUUUUGACUAUAUUUGUUGCUGUUUCACUGCUUGUGGAGCGUUCAAUUCACCGAUUGGGUAAUUGGUUGAAAAAAACUGAUCGGAAACCAUUGCUGGCAGCAGUCGAGAAAAUGAAGGAAGAAUUGAUGCUUCUUGGCUUCAUCUCUCUCCUCCUUACGGCAACAUCAAGCAUUAUAUCUAAUAUUUGUAUACCGUCAAAGUUCUAUAAUAGUGCAUUUGCUCCAUGCACCAUGCAAGAAGUCAAGGAGGAAAAUGACAAUAAAGAUAUGAAUGGAACCUUUAGAGUGUUGAAUGGCCUGAAUCAGAACACCUGCAGGAAGAAUUAUGAACCAUUUGUCUCAUAUGAAGGCCUCGAGCAACUGCACCGCUUCAUCUUUGUCAUGGCAAUUACACAUAUAUCUUACAGCUGCUUAACGAUGCUGUUGGCAAUUGUUAAGAUCCACAGUUGGAGAGUAUGGGAGGAUGAGGCUCACAUGGACAGACACAAUUCGUUAACAGAAAUCACAAGAGCAAAAACACUGCAAAGGCAAUCUACCUUUGUUAGGGUUCAUACAUCAACUCCUAUGGCCAGGCAUAGCAUCCUCAUUUGGGUGACCUGUUUCUUUCGGCAGUUUGGGCGUUCUGUGGUCCGGGCAGAUUACCUUUCACUCCGCAAGGGAUUCAUCACAAACCACAACCUUACUUCAAAAUAUGAUUUCCACAGCUAUAUGGUUCGCUCCAUGGAAGAAGAAUUUCAGCGUAUAGUUGGUGUUAGUGGUCCUCUCUGGGGAUUUGUUGUAGCUUUUAUGCUGUUCAACGUAAAAGGAUCUAAUCUCUACUUCUGGAUUGCUCUAAUUCCAGUCACUCUUGUUCUAUUUGUGGGUGCAAAACUGCAGCAUAUUAUUGCAACCUUGGCAUUGGAGAGUGCAGGACUAAGUGGGGUUUUUGCUGGACCAAGGAUUAAACCCCGAGAUGAGCUGUUUUGGUUUAAUAAGCCAGAAUUAUUAUUAUCCUUGAUACAUUUUAUCCUUUUCCAGAAUGCAUUUGAGCUUGCUUCUUUCUUUUGGUUCUGGUGGCAGUUCGGGUAUAAUUCGUGUUUCAUAAAGAACCACUUGCUGUUAUAUCUACGACUGAUUGUGGGGUUUUCGGGACAGUUUUUAUGCAGCUAUAGCACCCUGCCACUCUAUGCACUGGUUACUCAGAUGGGAACGAACUACAAGGCCGCGAUAAUUCCACAAAGGAUACGGGAAACAAUUCACGGAUGGGGAAAGGCAGCUAGGAGAAGGAGAAGACACGGCACUUUCGCAGAUGAUUCAACUAUUCAUACAGACACAAGUACAGUAUUAUCAGUUGAGGAAGAUGACCAACAGUUGGUAGAUAGUCCUCGAGUAGUCCCUCGAACAGGCUUAGAAAUCGAGUUGCCACCACAUAUUGUCGAUAUCAGUGGUCAUUCCCCAGUUGCUAAUGAGACGUCGAGUAGGAUUGGUACGCCUCUCCUUCGACCAUCUGCUUCCAUUUCUUCCUCAGUUUCUCCUCCUAGGAUUCAGCCAGAAAUAUUUACAAGAUCCUUGACAAUGCCCAUAAGAAGAGAAUAG